UUUAUUCACAAGCGAGCAGUCUGAGACAGAGAGUGAGAGGGAGAAAGAGGGUGAUGCCACCGGAUCUUUGGAGAACAAAAAAAAGAACUGGCAUGAUUCUCAGACCCCUACUCAGUGGAGGCCACACCCCUUUUAGGAUCGGUUUUGUAAGAGCUCAUCUGCCCACACAGCAUUAUUUGCAGAGGAGUUGUGACAGUUCACGAGUGCUCUUCCAUUCAGAUCCGCGUUUACAAGUGGCAGUCUACAAAUAUACAAAUGAGUAAAAGAGCAGAUAAAAGGACACUUGAAGAUGACAACAUUUGUCCCCCGGGGACGACUAAAAAACAAAAAAGUCAUUCUAGCUCUGAGAGGAGUGAUGCUGUGAUCGAUAUUAACAGAGCCAAAGAAAUUAUGACAAGAACCGAUACUCAACUCACUGAGCAAUGCGAAAACCUCAGGAAGCUCAUUCAAUAUGUCAGGACAAACAUCUCAGAAUUGGAUAAAGGAGGUGUAAAAAAGAAAACUACUGUUGGAGUGUUUGGCAAAUCAGGGGCUGGGAAGAGCUCUCUGAUAAACGCCAUCCUGGGGGAAACAGAUCUGUUACCAUCAGGAACCUCUCAUGCAUGUACUUCAGUCAUCAUACAGAUUGAAGCCAACCUAACAGACUCCAAUUACACAGCUGAGAUUGAAUUCAUCUCAAAAGAGGAAUGGAAAGAAGAAUUCAACACUCUUCAGAAGAUUUUGUCGGAAGACAGUGAGGAGAGUGAUGCAGUGUUCUCUACAGCAUCUGACAAGAUUAGAGCACUAUAUGGGGAGAAUGGUCUUCCUAAAGCCUCAGAAAAAGAUGGCUAUUUGCCUGAAAUUCCGGAGUUUCUCACAUCCACAGUCAAAACAAUAGCAUGUCAAAAUGGCACAGAUCUCAAGAAACAGAUAAGGUGUUAUGUACAGCAUCUUGAUUCAAGUCCUGGAGGAUGUUAUUGGCCGGUAGUGAAGAGUGUGACCAUCAAGGUGCCUCACUGUAAAGAAUUUCUAGAACACAUUGUGUUAGUGGAUCUUCCUGGAACUGGAGAUUACAACAAGAGCAGAGAUCAGAUGUGGAGAUCGAAACUGAGAGAGUGUUCUACAGCGUGGAUCAUAAGUGAAAUAAACCGUGCUGGGUCUGACAAGGAGACCUGGGAACUUGUUUCUAACAGUGUAGCAGACAUGGCACAAGGUGGAGAGUGCCGCAGUAUCUGCUUCAUAUGUACCAAGGCUGAUGACAUCAACCCAAAAGAGUACAUGGAGACUGAAAGUCUCAAGGAUGAAGACUUUCAGAUCAGACCAGAGGAUUCUCAAUACAGCCGCAAGAAAAAGUCUGAAUGCAUACUGCACAGGAACAGGAAACUGAAGGAAAUGGUGAAGAGAAAUUUUACUCAAAAACGUACAAUAAAGAGACACUUCAACUGUGAUGAUGACUUCCUUUCUGUGUUCACUGUGACUUCUCAAGAAUUCCACAAGGAAGAUCCAAUCCUGACACAUGAGCAAACAGAGAUACCUUUGCUGAGGGACCUCCUGAAAAUGUACAACAACAGUCACAAAAAUGAAAUGGCAAGGCAGUACAUCUCUGGGGCACAUGGAAUCCUGUCCCUAAUUCAAGGUUUCAAGGCAACCAACAAUGACAUGAUGGAAGAGAAUGCCAAACUACAUGAGAACUUAAAGAAAAAUCUUCAAAAUGAACUUAAAAACUUGAAAGACUGCUGUGCCAAAAUCAGCUGGACUCUGGAACAGUGUCUAUCACAAGGAGCAGCAGAAUCUAAAAACAACUGUGUUGCGACUGCAACAAAAAUAGUAAAACCGAACAUAGAUGGUCGAGGAUUUCAUCGAAUACUGUCAGCAUUGUGUGAGAAUAAUGGAUUCUACAGAACUAAGAACGGCGAAAUACUAGAUCUCAAUACGAGCCUGAUCAAAUACAUGAAACAACAUAUUAAUCAAGCAUUCCGUGACUUUUUCCCAGUCCAGGGGAAAGUAACUGAGAAGCAAGCACUGCAAGCUAGCAUUGAUGCAUUCACCAUCGUCGAAAAGAAUCUGAUCACAAAAUAUGAAAGUUCUCCAGUGCUCAGUCACAUGCUGAAAUUCCUUCAAACCGAGGAAAUGAAACUGAAGGCAAUGCUUAAACAAGAAAUUGUUGAGCAAAAAAAGAAAAUGUAUGAAUCUCUUUCUGAGUCCAUUACAGCCACAAUGCUGCCCUGCUAUCAGAGGGCUGCCGCCAUAUAUGGUAAGGGCUCUAUGAAGAGGAAGCAGGAAAUUCUGUUGGACCACAUAGAAUCAUCAAAGAGUGAAAUGUUCCAGAAGGCAAGGACAGAGAUGCUUGACAAGCUGCAUGGAACACUGAAUUACACAGUGAAGGAGAUAGAAACAAGACUCACCGAGUCAAUGAAGUAUUCACUUCUUAAUGCAAGAACCCUGCCUUAUACGGAUGUUUCCAAGGACAUGAAAGAAUUGAAGAGAUUAUCCACUCAAUACUGAGAUCAUUUGUCUACAGAGGAAGUGUUUGAAUAUUUUGUGGAAAUUUAAUUUAGCUCCACUAGUGCCUCCUACUCUGCUAAUGUAAUGCAUUAGUAUGAGUUCAGUAUGUUGUCAAGUCAGUCAAUGUUAGUCGGCUCUGUAUACCAAAUAUUUUGAUAUUUCUAAUCUCACAUUUUUUUUCUUGGUUUGAGGUCUCUCAUCCUGAAAUACUGCUAUUUUGACAUAUAAAACAUCUUUCUUAGAAAUGA